AUAAAAAUGUUAAUAUUUAUAGUAUCGAUAAUAAUAACAUUCUUAACAGUUUUUGUAUUUAAGAAAUUUUUAAAUAAUAAUAAUAGUAAUAAUCAACAAGACAAUGAUAAUAGUGUAAAUAAUAAAUUGAAAAAAGAAAUUAUAAAUACCAAUAAAAGUAUAGAUAAUAGUAAUAACAAUAACAAUAAUAAUAAUAAUAAUGUUGUAGAUAGUUCUAAUAGUGUAGAUAAUAAAAAUAAUGAAAAAAUAAAUAACCCACUCGAAAAUGAUAAUAAAUAUAAAGAAGAAUUUUUAAAAUUUAAAAAUAGAUUUUCAAAAAAUAAUGAAUACGGAUACAACGGUGCAAUUGAUUUAGAGUUAAGAAAUCAUUAUAGUGGUAAUGAUGAUGAUGAUCAAUUUCCAAAAUUAAAAGAUAUUAUUUAUUUUGACCAUACUGCUUCCACUUUACCAUCAAAGAAUCAAAUUAAAAAUAUUUCAAGCAACUUUUUAAAUAAUAUUUAUUGCAAUCCUCAUAGUAUUAAUCCAAUCGGAUUAAAAACAAAAGAGUCGGUGGAUUCCAUUAGGGAAUUGAUUUUAAAUCAUUUUAAUGCUCCAUAUAAACAGUAUAGCGUUAUAUUUACAAGUGGUUGUACAGAUAGUUUAAAAAAGGUUGGGGAAUACUUUCCAUGGAGUGAAAAUAGCAAGUUCUAUUAUUCUUUAGAGGCACAUAAUUCAUUAUUGGGUAUUAGAGAGUAUGCUUGCGAAAAAGGUGCAUCCUUCCAAUCCAUCUCAUCAUUAUACUUCAAAAACAACUCAUUUUCAGAUAUUAUGGAGAUUAUUGAGGGCGAUCAAUUGUCAGCAAGUAAAAAGUCUGAUGAUAGCCAAGUUAGUUAUAGUUUGUUUGGCUUUCCAGGUCAAUGCAAUUAUUCAGGAUCAAAAUAUCCGCUAUCAAUAAUCAAUCAAAUUCAAAAGAAAUUUAAAAAUGUAAAAGUUUUAUUGGAUGCCGCUUCAUUGGUUGGUACCUCACCAUUAGAUCUUUCAAAAUAUCCUGCAGAUUUUAUAACCAUUUCUUUCUAUAAAAUGUUUGGUUUUCCAACUGGUUUGGGUGCUUUAAUUGUUAAAAAUGAUUCUAGUAGUAUAUUGAAUAAAGUAUAUUUUAGUGGUGGUACAGUCAAUGCAUCAAUGGCACAGGAAAGAUUUCAUGUUCAUAGAGAUAAUAUUGCUGCGAAGUUUGAAGAUGGCACUAUUGAUUAUAUGAAUAUUAUUUCAUUGAAAGAAGGAUUUGAUCAAUUGGAAAGAUUAGGUAUGGAAAAUAUUCAAUCACAUACAUUUUCAAUGGUACAAUGGCUAAAAGAGGAAAUUUCAAAAUUAACACAUUCAAACCAAAUGCCGCUAUGUCUAUUGUAUACUGAUAACCAUUAUAAAGACCCAAAUAAACAAGGUGCAAUUAUUAAUUUCAAUUUAUUACGUUCUACUGGUGAAAUGGUUGGGUACAAUGAAGUAGAAAAGUUAGCAUCAUUAUCAAAUAUUUUCAUUAGAUCAGGCUGUUUUUGUAAUCCAGGAGCAUGUCAUGGCUACUUAAAUCUAACAAAGAGCGAUAUCGAAGAGCAUCUCAAAGAGGGUCACAUUUGUUGGGAUGACAAGGAUAUAUUAAAUGGUAAACCAACUGGAUCACUAAGAUUAUCUUUGGGUUAUAUGAAUAAUUUUGAAGAUUUAUACAAGUUUGUUGAAUUUUUAAAAACAAAUUUCAUAAAUGAUCACGAAAAAUCAAGGGUUUAUGGUGUAUCUACAUGUGGCAACAGAGAUAAGAAUAAGAACAAAAUGAAUUAUUUAUUAAAUAAUCAAAAAUUAAAUAGCAGUGGUAUUAAUGGCGGUAUUGGAAUUGAUAUUCCACAGAAUGAAAGCGACAAUGAGUCAGAAAGUGAAAAUGAAUUUGGUGGCGGUGGAGCAUGCGAUGAUGAAAGUGGUUUACAGUCCGAUAGCCAAUCAGACUCAUCAGUUGAGUUAUCGGAAAUAUAUGUGUAUCCAGUUAAAUCAUGUUCAGGCUAUAGAGUUACUAAUGGUAAAUGGGAGUUGGUAGCAUCGGGACUAAAAUAUGAUAGGGAAUGGACUAUCAUCGAUCAAAGUGGCAAUUAUUUAAAUCAAAAGAAGUUACCAAUUUUAGCAUUAAUUCAAACCGAUAUAGAUUUAAUUAGUGAUAAACUGGUAUUGACUGCACCCGAGAUGAAACCAAUUUCAAUAUCACUUUCUUACUACCCAGUUUCAGCUUUUGAUCAAAUUCAAGUUUGUGGUGACAAGGUCGAUGGUUUGCUUUAUGGUGACAAGGAUUUUAAUAGUGCAACACAAAUCGAUAAUGUAACAAACUGGCUAUACCAAUUUACAGGAAAAAAAUGCUAUCUAGUUAGAAAAGCACCAGAAUCUUUUAGAAAGUCUAAGGUUGAUGAUAGCAAUAAAAUAUCAUUUGCCAAUGAAUCACCCUAUCUUUUGAUUAAUGAAGAAAGUGUAAAAGAUUUAAAAGAAAGAAUAUAUAGUGACAACCCAAAUAGUGAUAAAAGUGAAUGGAAUUGGAUUUCAAAGCAUAGUUUUAGAGCAAAUUUAAUCAUUAAAGGUGGUAAACCAUAUCAAGAGGAUCUGUGGUCGCAAUUCCAAUUAAUUAGCGAUAAUGAGGAAAACAAUCAAGGCAAUGGAGGUGGUAGUCCAUCUAUAACAGCAACCAAACAUCCAUUAUUGUUCAACUUGGUUGGCGAUUGCAAUAGAUGUAAAAUGGUAUGCAUUAAUCAAAAAAUGGGUAUCGAAGAAAGAGAACCAUUGACAACUUUGUCCAAAUAUAGAAGAUCAAAUGGUAAAAUUAUUUUUGGACAGCAUCUAAAUUUAAGCGACUCCAUUUUAAAUAUAAUUAAUAGCAAUAAUAGUAUUGGUAAUGGAGGAAGUAGUGAAAGCUCAACAUCAUUACCUACACCAGUAUUUAUUAAUGUACCAAGCAAAAUUAAAGUCAUUUCAGAAAGAUAUUAA